CAGCCUAUGACAUCACCGGCAGUCAUGUGACAGGAGUGAGUGAAAUCAUUCAAGAUAUUUGGGCGAUCCGGGGCAACUACAGCAACUGUCUUCUCAAUGGCUCGAACAAAGCAGACAGCCCGCAAAUCUACCGGCGGGAAAGCUCCUAGGAAACAACUGGCGACUAAAGCGGCGAGGAAAAGUGCUCCCGCGACAGGGGGAGUGAAGAAACCACAUCGUUACAGACCUGGCACUGUCGCCUUGAGAGAGAUUCGCAGAUACCAGAAGUCAACGGAACUUCUCAUUAGAAAGCUGCCGUUCCAAAGACUUAUCAGGGAAAUCGCACAGGAUUUCAAGACUGAUCUCCGAUUUCAGAGUUCUGCCGUUUUGGCUUUACAAGAAGCUGCCGAGGCUUACUUGGUCGGCUUGUUCGAGGACACCAACCUGUGCGCCAUCCACGCCAAGAGAGUGACCAUCAUGCCUAAGGACAUUCAGUUGGCGCGACGAAUUCGUGGGGAGAGGGCCUGAGAUGCCCAGUAUACGCCGGGAGUAGCUUACAUUUCCCAGAACUUACUUAAAGCUGCCUGACCUUAUUGAUUAUCGCUUAAUCUGAUUGAAACUUAUUUGGAUUUGCCAAACUUUAUAAGUAUGUUUGUUUUAAUGAACUUUUCUAAGAAUUUUUUGCCCUUUUUUAACUUGGUGAAAUUUGUGACAUAAAUCGGUUUCAUGAUUACAGGCAAGGGAAUAAGAAUGUUAGAAGAGACCUCUUUAAUAACAAAUUCUGCUCAUAGAGCAACUUUGAAGGAAAAUCAAUGCCAUUUUUUACAAAAAUACGAGCAGGGGCGGUAUAAGUGGAAAUCUUAAGAUGCAGUCACAAUAUAUGAUAUAUCGUGCAUUUACGCUUUAUUUUUCAGUCAUAUGCGUUUUCAAAUGUUUGCGAAAAAUAUAAAUACUUAACGUGUACAUGUAUGAUAACCUGCCUCAGGAAACUGCCAAAGGAAGGAAACGCCGUUCUCCUUCAUGACGCUUCUCGUCUUGUAGUUUUCACAGAUUAACAUUGUAGUAUUACACCUUGAAACAUCGUUUGCGCAUGUAUAGAUACUUAAAAAUUGGCAUAUGUGUCAUUUCUCCGCCCUGACUUUCAUCCCAUCGUUGCCACAAAAAUGUAUUUCCAGACGAACUGUUUUCAAUUCUGUACAUUUUUCGGUUCAGGUUUUCAUUUUUCCCAACUAGUUUCAUUUCGCUUUAUACCCUGUUAUUUGUAAAUCCUGAAUAAAACGUGUUGAUUGCGUAUAAACUUUGAGUAAAAUAGAUAAUUGAUGGUGACAAUGUAAUGAUCACAAUUAGCUCUUGCCGACUUGAAUAAAAACCCUCACCACAACUUGUACAAAACGA